GACAGCUGUCAGUUGAGUUUUUGGACAAGCCGAUAGAUGUCGUAACAACAUAGUGUACCGAACUGUCAAAUAUUGCACACUGAGAGCUAAGAGGUUCAGUAUUAAACUCAGAAUAAGAACUCACAACUUUUUAGUAGUAAUAGUACUUCUAUUUAGUCUAAUUUACAAGUUCAGAAUGUUUAUUUUUCAAGCGUCGUUGCUGCAGAGAACGCAUGAGGGCAGAUAUAGAAUUUCCUCUGUGGAAAUUAGAUGUGAGCCAACACAUUUGUGAGCUUACACAAAAUCAGUGUUCUGAGGGUUUGACAGUUUAGUACAACUCAGAUGAACUCAGACUUGACUCAGACUGACUCAGACAAAGCCAUCUGUUUCUCCAAUAAUUUAAACUUUUUUUUAACAAACGCCUCGUUGGCGACCGAGCGAUUGCGAAAGAUCUAACGAGUUCGAGGAAUUAAUUCUGAUUUCAUUUUCGGGCUUACAUAUACCAUGCUGCUCAUGUAGGUUUCGGCUUAUUUUACCCUUUUUGCAACACUCUGUAGUAUAAAUAAACGUUGGAGUGAUGAAAUGCGAAGAUACUAAUAGUUUUUUAAAUCUGUCAAGAAAUCUCUUUCGUCACGAUAAGACUUAUUGUGUCAGUUUUCAGGCACGAUUAGUCCUUUCAGGCAUGGUAGUUCCUUGUAAGACGUCCUUUAAAUUCUUAUUUGCAGGGCUGUAGAAAGAAGUUUAAACAAAAAAAAACCUUAUUCGAAGGAGGCACAGCACUCUAUGGUAAAGUACACAGAAUAAAAUAUAAAUAUUUUUCCACGCGUGAGCAAAACCAUAGAGAAAAUAAAAUACGAACGGCAAAACGGCGGGAUUUUUUUGUCUUGUCUUUGAAUUUGAUAAAUUUUGUUUCGUAAUUUUUGUUGCAAGUUUUGCGAAAGAAAUUAAUUGCGUGCUUCAAGUACAAUGAGCCGCUUUAACCUCCGCAAGAAACCUCGGAUAAGCUACUACGAACCGGACGAGCCCAACUUGGACGAGUACAUUUAUUGUUCGCGGUGCGGCGACUAUGUGUACGAGUAUUGCUCCAUACACGGCGCGCUGCUGGUCGUGCCGGAUGAUAAGGUGCCCCCGGACUGCCCCGCGCCGGCGUGGGUGCCGCGCGCCGCGCUCACCAUCCCGAGCACCUUCCUGCACAUCGCGCCCUCCACCAUCCCGGGCGCGGGUCUAGGCGUGUUCAGCUCGCUGACUCUGCCGGCGGGCGUGCGCUUCGGCCCGUACCGAGGCGCGCGCGCCGCCCUCCCCGCCUCCGACUACUGCUGGCAGCUAUACGACUCGCAGCGGCGUCCCACGGGCGUGGUGGACGCGUGGGACGCCUCCCGCUCCAACUGGAUGCGCUUCGUCAACUGUUCGCGGCACUCGCUCGAGCAAAACCUGCUCGCCUUCCAGUACCAGGGAGAGAUCUACUACAGGACAAUGACAAUAAUCCCGCGCCACACGGAGCUGCUGGUGUACUACGGCAGCGAGUUCGCGCACCGCCUCGGCGUCGACGUGCGCCGGUACAACGCUCCACGCGCUGCCAGCGGGGCUGCGAACAUAAAUAAACAAACUAAGCCGGCAGAAAGUCCAGACGAAAAACCAAACAAAGAACAAUCCCAAAAUACACCUACACUCUCAAGGGAUAAAACUUCUGAAAUUGAAGUUGGUACGAAUGAGAAAUACACAAGUAAUGCUGAAAUGUAUGCAUCAAUGAAUGUUUGUAAAGAAAAGAGUAUCAAACGAGGAUUCUUUUGCGAUGUGUGCAACCGAAGGUUCGUGUCUAAACUGAUAUUAAUUAAACAUAUAGCAAUACAUAGCAAUGUAUCAAAAUAUACUUGCAAUAAGUGCAAUACUAGGUUUCAUAGUGAAGUACUUUUGAAUGAGCAUUGUAUUAAAUGCCCAUUAAACAAAAAAAAUAAUAACACUGGCCGAAAAAAUAACACUUCAAUAAAUUUACAUAAGAGUGAACAUGCAAAAAAUAAGAACCAAACAGACGAGAACUCCCACCAAUUUACAGUGUGUGAUAAGAGAUUUUCUGAAAGUAACCAUUUAGCGCGGCAUAUGCGAAUUCAUACAGGUGAGAAACCAUUCCAAUGUACCGUGUGUGAUAAAAGAUUUUCUCAAAAUGCUCAUUUAUCUGGACAUAUGCGACUACAUACAGGCGAGAAGCCUUACCAAUGUACAGUGUGUGACAAACGAUUUACUGACAGUGGUACUUUAGCUAAACAUAUGCGAAUACAUACAGGCGAAAAGCCAUACCAAUGUACCGUGUGUGACAAAAGAUUUACGGAAAGUGGUAGUUUAGUGAAACAUAUGCGAAUUCACACAGACGAGAAGCCUUACCAAUGUACCGUGUGUGAUAAAAGAUUUUAUGUAAGUAGUCAUUUAGCUUACCAUAUAAGAAUACAUACAGGCGAGAAGCCUUACCAAUGUACCGUAUGUGAUCAAAGAUUUAAUGGAAGUAGUAGUUUAGUGGCCCAUAUGCGAAUACAUACAGGCGAGAAACCAUUCCAAUGUACCGUGUGUGAUCAAAGAUUUACUCAAAGUGGUCAUUUAGUUAGACAUAUGCGAAUACAUACAGGUGAAAAGCCUUACCAAUGUACCGUGUGUGAUGAAAGAUUUAAUGUUAGUGGUCAUUUAGCUACACAUAUGCGAAUACAUACAGGCGAGAAACCAUACCCAUGUACCGUGUGUGAUAAAAGAUUUACUAAAAGUUGUAAUUUAGUAACACAUAUGCGAAUACAUACAGGGGAGAAGCCUUACCAAUGUACAGUGUGUGAUCAAAGAUUUACUCAAAGUUGUACUUUAGCUACACAUAUGCGAAUACAUACAGGCAAGAAGCCUUACCAAUGUACCGUGUGUGAUCAAAGAUUUAAUGUAAGUGGUAAUUUAGCUACACAUUUGCGAAUACAUACAGGGGAGAAGCCUUACCAAUGUACAGUGUGUGAUCAAAGAUUUACUCAAAGUUGUACUUUAGCUACACAUAUGCGAAUACAUACAGGCGAGAAACCAUUCCAAUGCACCGUGUGUGACAAAAGAUUUACUGAAAGUGGAAAGUUAGUUACACAUACGCGAAUACAUACAGGCGAGAAGCCUUACCAAUGUACAGUGUGUGACAAAAGAUUUACUGAAAGUGGAAAGUUAGUUACACAUACGCGAAUACAUACAGGCGAGAAGCCUUACCAAUGUACAGUGUGUGACAAAAGAUUUACUGAAAGUGGAAAGUUAGUUACACAUACGCGAAUACAUACAGGCGAGAAGCCUUACCAAUGUACAGUGUGUGACAAAAGAUUUACUAGAAGUUAUGAUUCAGCAAAACAUAUGCGAAUACAUACAGGCGAGAAGCCUUACCAAUGUACCGUGUGUGAUAAAAGAUUUAUUGAAAGUGGUAAUUUAGCUACACAUAUGCGAAUACAUACAGGCGAGAAGCCUUACCAAUGUACAGUGUGUGAUCAAAGAUUUACUCAAAAUUGUACUUUAGCUAAACAUAUGCAAAUACAUAUAGACGAGACGAAGCCCUAACAAUGUACAGUGUGUACUCGUAUUAAAGAAUUUAUUCAUAGAAUUCAACUAACUAGUCACAGGAGAACACAUACUAUUAAAUAAUUAUAUCUAUGUUCUUGUACCUAGGUUAGCCCUUCCCCCGUCUUCUUAGCAUGUCGAGUGUCGACGAAAAACUAAUAAAAUCACUAAAAAGUAAGCGUCCACCUAUCGCUAUCGUACGCAACGGACGCAUCGCAUUCGCAUUCAGUAUUCUUUGUACCUAUAGAAAUUCAGAGCAUUGCAGUGAUUGUUUCAGAGCUGUUGAUGACUUUAUACUCGUGUAUGAGCCUACACAAUACCUACAAACAAAAACCCGGAAAUUGCUAUCAUAAAUUCGUUGGUGCACAGUGUACCUAUUUGUUUUCGCAUAUACUUAAUUAAGUCUACCGUAUGAAUUAAAAAUAUAAUUAAGUUUAAAUUCAUACGGCCAUAGUGGCGAUCGAUGGCGAAGCAUUUAAUAAAGAAAUAAAUGAUAGGUUCCGGGUUCGCUUACCA